GGCAAUGAAUUAUUAUCAUUUUCUUGGGGUAUAACCGAUAAAAAGAAGACACUCAAAAAACAGUAACUCACAGAGGUCCUCUUUUCUGCUUUAAUGUAUUCUAAAGGGCAUUGAGUGGUUUUUUUUUUUUGUUCCUUUGUUUUCAAACUUUGGAAUUUUCUUGGUGAGUGUUUUCAGGGGAUUCUAUUAUUCAUUUUGGGCUGGUGGGUUUUUGUUUCUUUUGGGAGGAGUUGACCUAAAAGGCUAACAUCAAAUUGGUGUCUGAUUAGGGGAUUCUCUGGUUUUAGGCAGGGAUUUGAAGGUGUUUUUGAAGUGGGUUUGGUGGCUUUUUUUCUUCUUCUUCUCAAAUGGGGUACAUGUAAUGAAUCUGGUGAUGGAUUUCAAGCAAUUUCUUUUUUCUGUGAUUUACAUGUUAAAGAAGAAGCUACAUUUGGGUUAAUUUUCAAGGUCUGUCCUUGUGAGAAAGAGCUGGGUUGAGCACUUCAGCUUGGGUUAAAGUUUUUGUCUUUUGGAUUCUGGAGUAGCCGUGUUUGGAAUUCUGCUGCUGAAGCUGUUUCCAUUUCCACUGCGAGAAAAUGGCUUGCAUGAAACUUGGAUCCAAAACCGAUGCGUUUCAAAGGCAAGGACAGGCUUGGUUCUGCACAACUGGACUUCCCAGUGAUGUUGUUGUUGAAGUUGGAGAAAUGUCCUUUCAUCUUCACAAGUUCCCUUUACUCUCUAGAAGUGGGGUUAUGGAAAGACUAAUCGCAGAAGCAUCUGAUGAAGAAGAAAAAUGUUCCAUAUGCCUCCCUGACAUUCCUGGAGGGGCCAAAACUUUUGAACUUGUCGCAAAGUUCUGCUAUGGAGUGAAACUUGAACUCACUGCCUCAAAUGUUGUGUACCUUCGAUGUGCUGCUGAGCAUCUAGAAAUGACUGAGGAAUAUGGGGAAGGCAAUCUUAUUGUGCAGACUGAAACCUUUCUUAAUCAAGUAGUCCUCCGGAAUUGGAAAGACUCUCUAAGAGCACUUCAAACCUGCGAUGAUAUUAUCUCUUAUGCUGAUGAACUGAAUAUUACAAAAAGGUGCAUUGAAUCAUUAGCCAUGAAGGCGUCUACUGACCCCAACCUAUUUGGAUGGCCCAUGAUGGAACAUGGUGGUCCUAUGCAGAGUCCUGGUGGAAGUGUGUUGUGGAAUGGAAUAAGUACAGGGGCUAAACCGAAAAAUACUAGUUCAGAUUGGUGGUAUGAGGAUGCAUCGAAUUUAAGUUUACCUCUCUAUAAGAGAUUGAUUUCAGUAAUGGAGUCUCGUGGUAUCAGACAGGAGAUAAUUGCUGGCUCGCUUACCUUUUAUGCAAAAAGGUACCUACCUGGUUUGUACCGUCGUCAGGGUGCCAAUGAUUCUAACUCUAGUACCUGUCUUGCACCUGUGGCCUCAGGGGCUCCUCUAUCUGAAGAAGAUCAGAAGAUUUUGCUAGAGGAGAUUGAUAGGUUGCUUCCUAUUCAGAAAGGUCUUGUCCCAACCAAGUUUUUGUUUGGACUGCUUCGAACAGCCAUGAUUCUUCGAGCAAGCCCCUCUUGUAUAUCAAACUUUGAGAAAAGGAUUGGGUUGCAGCUUGAUAAAGCAACUCUGGAAGAUCUACUGAUGCCUAAUUUCUCUUAUUCCAUGGAAACACUUUACAAUGUCGACUGUGUGCAGCGAAUUCUUGAGCAUUUUCUUGCCAUGGACCAGAUCACAGGUGGAGCCUCUCCAUGUUCGGCUGAUGAUGGUCAGAUCAUUGGGUCACCCUCAUUAACGCCAAUCACGAUGGUAGCCAAGCUAAUUGAUGGGUACCUUGCGGAGGUUGCCCCUGAUGUUAAUUUGAAGCUCCCCAAGUUUCAGGCUCUUGCUGCUUCAGUUCCUGACUAUGCCCGGCCAUUGGAUGAUGGUCUAUAUCGUGCAAUAGACAUUUAUCUCAAGUCACAUCCAUGGUUGUCAGAAUCCGACAGAGAACAACUAUGCCGGCUAAUGGACUGCCAGAAGCUCUCCUUGGAAGCCUGUACCCAUGCUGCACAAAAUGAGAGACUGCCACUAAGAAUAGUUGUCCAAGUCCUGUUCUUCGAGCAGCUUCAGCUUAGGACCUCAAUUGCUGGUUGCUUUUUGGUUUCUGAUAAUCUUGAUGGAUCACGACAGUUACGGAGUGGGUUCACAGGGUCUACCGAAGGAGGGUGGGCCUCAGCUGUGAGAGAAAAUCAGGUUUUGAAGGUGGGCAUGGAUAAUAUGAGAAUGCGGGUUUCCGAGCUUGAGAAAGAAUGCUCAAACAUGAGGCAAGAAAUCGAGAAGCUAGGCCGGGUAAAGGGUUCUAGCACUUGGGGAAACGUAUCGAAGAAAUUUGGAUUCAAGUUGAAGUCUCAAAUGUGCAGUGCGCAGGAGGAUUCUGUAAGCAACCAGAAGAAUGGAAGUGGAAAGAUUGAGAAAUUGAAGGGAAAGCACAAGAAAAACACAAGUCCUGAUGAAUAAUACAAAUCUCAGAACCCCUUUUUUUUUUUUCUUGUUUUUUAAAUCAUCUUUCUUAUCUUUGUCUCAUUGUUGUUGUUUAGUUUGUACGUUUAACUUUAUAAUAAACUAUAGCUUCCUACCUUCGAUCCCACUGUACCCGUGUGCCAUAUCUCUUUAUUCUCUUUAUUAAAAAAAGAAAUAUUUGAUCCCCAGAUCCUGACUUAUGUUUAUGUAAUGGAUGUAGAUGAUGGAAGAAAAUGUGAUUUAAUGAAACCUUUGCUUCAUUCA